AUGCUUAUAGAAAUUGUACCAUUAUAUAGUAAUAGCUUUUAUAGUACUCUGUUGAUAAUAAAAGAUUUUAAUGUACUAAAAGAAAAUGAACGAAUAUCUUUAAAGGAUAAUUUAAAUGAACAGAAUGAAAACCAAUCAUCAGAUAAAAAUGUUUCAAUAUCGAGUGUAGAGAAUAUAAAUGUUGAAAAUUAUAAUUGUGAAGAGUUAUAUAAAUAUGAUUAUGUAAAUAAUAAGAGAGAUUUUUAUAAUGACAGAAAGGAUAAUAAUAUUUACAUUUUGAUGAACUGUGGAUGGGAUGAUAAAUUUUGUCUUGAAGACAUAAAAAAUGUUAUAAGGGUAUGUGAAGUUAUAGAUUUGAUAAUAAUAACGAAUCAUAGUUUAAACUACAUUGGUAGCUUACCAGUAGUAUUUAUGGAAUUACUAAAAAGAAAAAAAAAGGUACCUAUCAUUUGUCAUGAAUAUAUUAAAUCUUAUAGUAAAUAUAUUUUAUUAAGUUAUUUGAAAUGUAAUUACAAUUGUGAAUAUUUUAAAAAUUUCAAGGAAAAUGAAUAUAUAGAAUUAAUUAAUAAUUUAUAUGAAAAUAUUAUAAUCUUAGAAUAUAUGGAACAUUAUGUUUUUAAAAAAGUAAUAUGUAAGAAAACAAAUAUUGAAUAUAUAUUACCAUUAUAUUUGAUAAAUAAUGGAGAUAAUAUAGGUUCUUCAGCAGUUAUUUUAAAAUUAUUUAACAAUAAAAUAUUAUAUUCCAUAAAUUGUAAUUUAGAAGAUUAUUCUUUUAUAGAAAAAUCACAUGUUAUAAAAGAAUCCAAUAUUUUUACAUAUAUUAGUAACUUUCAUUAUUCAAAUAAAAAUUCUACUAAGAUGAUGGAUAUGAAAAAUAUUUUGAAUACUAUAAAUAAAACUAUAAAAAAAAUGGGAUGUGUCCUCUUACCUGUUGAUAUAGAUAGCAUAUUUAUUGACCUAUUGUUUCAUAUUAAUGCCUUAUUAGAAGUAUGUUCACAAAGAUAUAUGCUCUUAUUUUUAUGUCCAUAUGGAGAAAAUUUCAUAAGACUUCUGUUUACCUCCCUAACCUACAUGAACGUGCAUAUAAAAAACAACUUCCAUAAAAAUCGAAUUAAUUUAUUUAAAAUUAAAAAUUUAAUAUGUUUGAAGAAUUACAACGAUUUUAAAAAAUAUGAAGAUGCAUAUUACAUCUUGUUUUCCUUUCCAUCAACUUUGAACAAUGAAUCCGUGAAAAGGAUUCUAUCCACAUUUUUGAAGAAAGAAGAAAACGUUAUUUUAUUUACAAAAGAACAAACAGGACAAGAAAAUAUGUCAAGCAAUUUAUGGAAACAUGUUAGUUGCAAUGAGCAAAAUAAAGAAAAAGAGAAAACUAGCCAUUUUAAUUUUUCAUAUGUGCAAAAUAUAAAAUAUGAUGAUAAAAUGUUGUAUGAUAUUUAUUUGAAAGAGAAGGAAAAUAUUCAGAAUGAAAUUUUACAAAAGAAAGGAGAAGAAAAGAUAAAGAAAAAAAUCAAAAGGAGUGUUAAAAAAAAUAAACCGAUGAAUUUUAUUUUUGAGUCUCAUGAAGAAAUGCUUUACUUGAAAAAGGAAAAUAAUUUUGUUGAUAAAAAAAAAGAAAUAAAAUGUAAAAGGGAUUUUUGGGAGGACAAUAAGGAUAAGGUUGUAAAAAGUGAAAAGAAUGAUGAUGAUAAGGAUGAUGAUAAGGAUGAUGAUAAAGAUGAUGAUAAGGAUGAUGAUAAAGAUGAUGAUAAAGAUGAUAAUAAUGAUGACAAUAAUGAUGACAAUAAUGAUGACAAUAAUGAUGACAAUAAUGAUGAUAAUAAUGAUGAUAAUUAUAAUGAUGAUGAUGAAAUUUACGACGAAUCUUCUAAUAGUAGUAAUUCCAACGAUUAUGAAGAUGAAAAUUAUUUUUUAAAAGGAAAUAAGAAAAAAAAAUAUUUAUACAGAAUAAACACGUUCAAUGAAGGAGAUACAAGUGAUGAUGGUGAUAACCAAAUUAAUGAUAUAAACAAAUUAUCUGAUAAUAAUGAAAGUGAAGAUGAUGAUUUCAAUCAUCUAAUAAAAAGUAAAGAUGACAAUAGAAAAAAAAAGAACAAGCAAAAAAUAUACAGAGAUUUUCCUUAUCAAAAUGUUAAUAACCAUAAUGAUGAUGCAAAUUCUUCCGAGUCAAUUAUUGAUGAUGAAGAAGAGUAUUAUAAAAAAGAAGUUGUAGAAGAUGUAAAGGAUGGAUCUUUGAAAAAUCAAAAUAAAAAAAAGGUGAGAAUAAAAAUGGAACCCAUGAAUGAUGAUAAUGACAAUAAUUAUGUUGAGGAGGAAGAGUAUAAAAUAGCAGGUGUGCAUGAAAAGAAACUAAGGAGUAAUAUAAAAAAAGAAUUAUAUUUUUAUGAUAAUAUGGAGCAAAAUUAUAAUCAAAAUGAAGAUGAUUAUAAUGAUGAUGAUUAUAAUGAUGAUAAUUAUAAUGAUGAUGAUUAUAAUGAUGAUGAUGAUAAUGAUGAUAAUGAUGAUGAUAAUGAUGAUGAUAAUAAUAAUGAGGAGGAAAAACAUGAAUACGUUAAAAAAAUUUCAGGUGAUAAAAAUAAAAAAAGAAAUAAAAAUAGGAGUAAAACAAAUUAUCAUUAUGAUAAUUAUUAUAACAUGAAAGAAAAUUUAGAUGAAUCAGAAAACAUGUCAGAUUAUUAUAAUAUAAAUAAAGGAAAACAUAUAUUAAAUAAAGGUAGCACAUUAAAUAAUACAUUUGAUACAGAUUAUAAACAUCAAAACAAUAGACAUAUGAUAAAUAAAAAAAUGGCAUGGAAACAAAAAUUAUUUGUAUACUUAAAAAAAAUACCAACUCAAGAAAAACAACAACAUGUAUCCAUACCUAUUGAAUGCUUAAUUGAAUUAUAUAAUCUAGAAAAUUAUAUUAAUCAAAAUACUUUAAAAACAAUAAUACAAUUUAUGAAACCGAAACAUUUUGUUUUACUUCCCACAUAUAAUAGUUACUACUCGUUUCAUUUAGAAAUGUUAUUACAUUCUAGUAUAAGUACAUAUGAUUAUACAAAAAUUUAUUCUUUCUAUAUUCCUAAUUUUUAUUAUACUGAUAAUCAUAACGAAGUUUUUUUUAAACGUUAUUUUUCCUUAAACAACAAAUCAAUUGAUUCAGUUCAUAUUCCUUUAAAUAUGAAUUAUGAAAAUAUAUAUAUAAGAAGUAUAUAUAAUUUGAUUAGUAGUAAAAAUUGUCAGGAUGAUAAGUUUCAAAUAUAUAAAAUUAAAGCCACAAUAUCAGAUGUAUCAGUAAAAAAUAAAAAAGAUGUCUACGAAAAUUAUAGGAGGAGGAAAAGAUUUAUUAAUGAGCACAGCACUUUUUGGAGCGAAUACAAUGACGUGAAUUACAUACUAAAAUUAGGAGAUGAUGAAAAAUAUGACGAAGAGAAAGAGGACAAGGAGGAAAAUAUUCCUAGUGAAGAAAAAGAAAAAGAAAAUGAAAAAAGUAAUGAAAGAAGGUUUUUAAAUUUUUAUAUUGAUGAUGAUAAAGAAAAUGAAGAGGAUGAAUCUGAUGAAGAUUCUAUUGAUUUUUCGGAUUCAUGUUUAUCAUCAGAUAGACAAGAAUGUAUAUUAUCAAAAGAUAUGAAUGAAGAAAAUAAUAAUAAAAUAGAGGGAAAUUUAUAUAUUGGGGAUGUAAAUAUGCAAAACCUAUGUACAAAUAUACAUUCCGUUUUUAAUAGAUCAUUAAAUUUUGUUGAUGAAAAUCAGAUUAUAAUUAAUGGAAAUACAUGUGUCAAAAAAGAGGUACAGACAAAAGUGCAAAAUCAAAAUCAAGAAAAUUAUGAAGAUAAAGAAAAUUUUAAAAAGCAAGACCAUAAUAGCAAUAGUAAUUUUAUAUGGCGUAUUGAAAGUUCCUUAGAUCCUACAUUUUAUUUCGUACGAAAUAUAUUAAAGGAUAUGUACAAUAAUGUAUCCAUAUAA